CCUUUUCUAGCACUUGUGUGGCCCGACACAGAGUUCUCUGCCUUGGCGCCCGAAGCCUCUUGGGUCACCUAGAUUUCGUCAGUACCUCUGUGACCCGACGCCCCAGGCACUUGGGAUGUCAUAAUGCCAGCCAGGCUUCUCAGAGCCCUCUCCGGAUCUCACAGUAUAUUAUCUAAAGUACAUCCAUGCCAAAAGCUGGUUCAUCUAACUUUAAAGCCACUUAAGGAGUUUGGAGAUUCAACAUGCAACAGCACCCUGACAAUCCGCCAAAACUUGGAUUCAUAUUUUCCUAUUGAAGCAGCUGAUGUCUUGAGUAGGCCUUGGAUCCUGGAAAUGAACUGGAAAAUCUCAGAUGCAAGCAGACUGUCUCCAUUAAACGCUGCACACUGCCAGGAUGACAAAAUGUACCUUCCAUCUAGGAAAUCACUUGGUACUCAUAGGAAAGUGGCCCACAAGCCAAAUCUUUUGGGUUCUAAGUGGUUUAUAAAAAUAUUAAAGAGGCAUCACUCAUCUGCAUCAACUGAAACAUUUAUUCCAAGACAAGACUUUCCCCAGAUCAAGAGACCCCUGAAAGCAUCCAGGACCAGGCAGCCAUCCAGGACCAACCUUCCAGUUCUGUCUGUGAAUGAGAACCUGAUGCACUGCACAGCAUUCGCCACGGCAGAUGAGUAUCAUUUGGGAAAUCUGUCUCAGGACCUGACCUCCUGUGGAUAUGUGGAAGUAACAAGCUUGCCUACAGAUGCAGCAAAUACUUUGGUGAUGGGUGUGGAAAGUUCUGCAAAAGAAGGUGAUCCUGGAACAAUAUUCUUCUUCAGGGAAGGAGCUGCCGUGUUUUGGAAUGUGAAAGAAAAAACUAUGAAGCAUGUGCUGCAGAUUCUAGAGAAACAUGAAAUUCAACCGUAUGAAAUUGCAUUGGUACAUUGGGAAAAUGAAGAGCUUAACUACAUGAAAAUAGAGGGACAGUCUAAACUGCACAGAGGAGAAAUCAAGUUAAAUUCAGAGCUAGAUUUAGAUGAUGCCGUUCUAGAGAAAUUUGCUUUCUCCAAUGCUCUCUGCCUUUCUGUGAAACUAGCUAUUUGGGAAGCAACACUGGAUAAAUUUAUUGAGUCUAUUCAGUCAAUUCCAGAGGCUUUAAAAGCUGGGAAGAAAGUGAAACUAUCUCAUAAAGAAGUUAUGCAGAAAAUGGGUGAACUCUUUGCCCUAAGACACCGUAUAAACUUGAGUUCAGACUUCUUGAUAACUCCUGAUUUCUACUGGGACCGAGAAAACCUGGAAGAACUUUAUGAUAAAACUUGUCAAUUCCUCAGCAUUACUCGAAGAGUUAAGGUCAUGAAUGAAAAACUCCAGCACUGCAUGGAACUAACAGAUCUAAUGCGUAAUCACCUGAAUGAGAAGAGGGCACUCCGCCUGGAGUGGAUGAUUGUCAUCCUCAUCACCAUAGAGGUAAUGUUUGAGCUGGGACGAGUAUUUUUCUGAUCAUGUGAUAACCAAAAGUGUCACUGCAGGAGAUGUUCAACUUCUACAAUCAAAACGGAAUGUUCACUACUGUGUGAUUAUCUUCAUAUGUAGUUAAGACAUACAUAUAAUAGUCUUUUUCAGCCCCUAAACAUUGUUAAAUAAAAAUUAUAAACAAUCUAGUGUUUGGGUCACCGAGUUCAAAAGCACAAUACUUCAGUAAAGAACUUUGGAUAAUAACCCUAUAGGUGUAGGAAACCCAGGCAAAGGUUAUGCCUUAACAACCAAAAGACUUAAGAUUUUGGACACUAAUCUUUAACCUACACUGGGGAAAGCUAAUCUUGGCACUGGCUAAAAGAACCACACAGGAAAUGAGUGUUGGAAUCAAUAUAACAAUAUCAACACAGGCUUUUGAUGGCAGAAAUAAAC